AGGACGGGCGUGAGGGCACCAGCGCCUCCCAGGAUCGAACUGCUCUCUACUCAGUGCCCCCCAAAAUGAAGAGCUACAUCGUGGAAGCUGUGUCCAGCUUCCUGUUCGAGUACGAGACCCCUCGGCAGGUGCUGGUGAGGAAUCGCAGGGUGGGCAUUGCCUGCAGGCUCAUCCAACUGGGUGUGCUGGGCUACAUUAUCGGAUGGGUGUUCAUCUAUGAGAAAGGAUACCAGAACGAAGACACGGCCAUAUAUUCUGUUUUCACCAAGAUGAAAGGAGUGGCCUACACACAAAUCAGUGGAGUGGAGAAGGUCUGGGACGUGUCUGAUUAUGCAUUCCCCGAUCAGGGUGGUGACUCUUUUGUUGUGAUGACAAAUUUCAUCAUCACUUUCGGACAAACCCAGAGCAAGUGUCCAGAGUUGCCCGACGGAAAGAACAACUGCAAUUCGGAUGCCGAUUGUGAAACAGGCCAGAUCAAACGGACAGGAAAUGGGCACAUGACGGGGAAGUGUGUGAACACAACCCACACUUGCGAGAUUGUGACAUGGUGUCCUGUUGAAGAUGAUCGCCAGAUACCAAAUCCUCCAUGUUUGUUGGCAGCUGAGAACUUCACGCUGUUCAUCAAAAAUUCCAUCACCUUUCCCGAGUUUAAGGUAGACAGGAGUAAUUUAGUGGAAAGCGUGGAUGCCAGUUACAUCAAGAGAUGUCUGUACCAUCCUGCCACAGAUCCACUGUGUCCGAUCUUCAAACUGGGUGACAUUGUCAGGCUCUCCGGCUUCAAUUUCACUGAAGUAGCUCGUGUGGGUGGAUCUAUAGGAGUCCUCAUUGACUGGGAAUGUGAUCUGGACUACAGCAUCCAAAACUGCAAACCCAAGUACAAAUUCCACGGCCUCUAUGGGAGCGGAACUACCGGGCAAGCGUCCGUGGGCUACAAUUUCAGGAAGGCAAACUAUUAUGUGGAGGACAAAGUCCAGAAGAGGACUCUAAUGAAGGUGUUUGGCCUUCGCAUCGAAGUCAUCGUUCAUGGACUGGCUAGGAAAUUUGACAUUAUUCCAACACUGACAGCCAUAGGUUCUGGGGUGGGCAUAUUCGGAGUGGCAACCGUUGUGUGUGAUUUGAUGCUCCUCCAUUUACUGCCAAAGAGAAAUUUAUAUAAAAACAUGAAAUUCAAGUACACGGAAAUUCUGGAUGGGGAGCCCGACGAAACCAGAAUGACAGACCACUGCGAAGGAGAGCAAACAGGGCAAACAUAACCCGGCUUGCUGCCGUGACAACAGACCACUGCACUGAUCCACCAAGCACAGGGGGAGGGGGCCACUACAUCUGAGCACGAGGCCCAGGACUUGGGCUUCAUCACAUCCACCUGUAUGCACUCCAAGCCCACCUCUAAGACUAGGCUUUCUGACAAACGUUCCAUCUGUCACAAGAACAUACCAAAAGCACAAAGAAAUGCAGUAUAUCAAGAGAGCUGUUGAGGCAAGUAACGAGCAAGGCAGUAGUAAGUGGAUGGAUGGAUGGAUUUGGAGUGGACAGGUUAUUCUCAGCCUUUUUAACAGCUGCUUCUGAGAUGGCUUUAACUGCUGAGUUCUAUGAAGAUUGCCAGAGGGACUUGUGGACUCCACAGUUGAGACAACCUACGGUAUACACAAAAGCACAUUUGUAAAUAGAGUCACCGUGGACGUCAUAUGUCCUCUUUUGGUUUAUUGUGAUAGACUCAUGCUCCAUGAAGUCUUAUAUCUUACCUCAAGAUACAGAUUUUCUAAGUCAUACUUACAGCACUGUAUCUAUGUAUUUUUCGGAGAAUUAUUUGCAGUCCAUCUUGAUCACCGAGUGUUCCUGUUACAGUAGUUUGAAAUACAAUUUAGUUCGUACUUCACUGCUUACUUGGGCAUCACGUGAGUGCAACACAUCCCCUGCCCCCUUUUUAGUUUUGCAUUAACUAAUAAACAGCAUUGUGAUUUGAGGACAUUCAUGAUUUGUUUUGUGUGGAAAGUACUUGAUCUCACAUCGUCAUAAAAAAAGAAACGAUUUUGAAUCUGAA